UUGGAAGAUGGAACUUGCUUGUGUCUUGAUUUUUCUACGUUUUAUGUAAACGUGGCUAUUACAAGGUCAAAAUAAAUGUACAGUAAUUCAUACAAGAAAUAUCCGAAUGGCUUUAACUACGCGUACACCAAACUGAAAGGUGGUAAGGAUGACUGUGAUGCAGUGGUGACGCCUACAGGUUUCAGUAGAUCCACCAUGCCUCAGAAGCUGAUGAAGAGUGCCCACUACAUCGAGCUGGGGGGGAGCUACCAGUACUGGCCCGUGCUGGUCCCCAGAGGGAUAAGGCUGUACACCUACGAACAGAUCCCAGUCUUCCUGAGGGAUAACCCCUACAUCACAGACGGCUACAGAGCCUACCUGCCCUCCAGGCUGUGCAUCAAAAGUCUGUUCAUCCUGUCGAAUGAGACGGUGAAUAUCUGGAGCCACCUGCUGGGCUUCCUGUUGUUCUUCACCCUGGGGAUCUACGACAUGGCGUUCGUGCUGCCUGCCAGCGGGGCCUCCCGGGAGGACUAUGUCAUCUAUUCCAUAGGACUCUUCUGCUUCCAGCUGUGCAUGCUGUGCUCUGUGGGCUACCACCUGUUCUGCUGUCACCGCUCAGAGAAGACCAGUCGCCGCUGGAUGGCUCUGGACUACGCCGGCAUCUCCGUAGGCAUCCUGGGCUGCUACGUACCUGGGGUCUUCUACGCAUUCUACUGCAAUAACUACUGGCGUCAGGUGUACCUGGUGACGGUGCUAGCCAUGAUCCUGGCGGUGUUCUUUGCCCAGAUCCACCCCCACUACCUCAGCAAGCAGUGGCAGCGGCUGCGCUCCGUUCUCUUCUGCAGCGUGGCCGGCUACGGCCUCAUCCCCACCGUACACUGGGUCUGGCUCAACGGGGGCUUCUCUUCGGAGCUCGUACAGUCUUUUAUUCCUCGUGUUCUGGGGAUGUACGUGAUCGCUGCCUUAGCCUUCAUCUUCUACGUCUCCAAGGUUCCUGAACGCUACUUCCCAGGUCAGUUGAACUACCUGGGCUCCAGCCACCAGGUGUGGCAUGUUCUGGUCAUUGUGAUGUUCUACUGGUGGCAUCAGGCUGCCUUCUUCAUCUUAACCCACCGCCACAGCCACCCCUGCCCAGAGUAAACUACCCCCAGGCAGACUAUGGCUAGGACUGCAGUUCCUAGGCUACCCCCAGCAUGACUAGGACUGCCCAGGCUACUCCCAGCAUGACUAGGACUGCCCAGGCUACUCCCAGCAUGACUAGGACUGCCCAGGCUACUCCCAGCAUGACUAGGACUGCCCAGGCUCCUCCCAGCAUGACUAGGACUGCCCAGGCUCCUCCCAGCAUGACUAGGACUGCCCAGGCUCCUCCCAGCAUGACUAGGACUGCCCAGGCUCCUCCCAGCAUGACUAGGACUGCCCAGGCUACCCCCAGCAUGACUAGGACUGCCCAGGCUACUCCCAGCAUGACUAGGACUGCCCAGGCUACCCCCAGCAUGACUAGGACUGCCCAGGCUACUCCCAGCAUGACUAGGACUGCCCAGGCUACUCCCAGCAUGACUAGGACUGCCCAGGCUACUCCCAGCAUGACUAGGACUGCCCAGGCUACCCCCAGCAUGACUAGGACUGCCCAGGCUACUCCCAGCAUGACUAGGACUGCCCAGGCUACUCCCAGUAUGACUAGGACUGCCCAGGCUACCCCCAGCAUGACUAGGACUGCCCAGGCUACUCCCAGCAUGACUAGGACUGCCCAGGCUACUCCCAGCAUGACUAGGACUGCCCAGGCUACUCCCAGCAUGACUAGGACUGCCCAGGCUACCCCCAGCAUGACUAGGACUGCCCAGGCUACCCCCAGCAUGACUAGGACUGCCC